UUAGGCCUCUUGGCUGAAGCAGGAGAUUUGAGGGUGGAAGAGGGCGUGGAAGCAACCUCUGGCAGUUCUCAUAUGUGUUUUUUAAAAUAUGCAGACCGAUUCUGACAGUGGAAGCAAAGUGUCGGCCGAUGUGCAGCUUCCUGCUGCAGACCAAAACAGAGUGGGUGUGAGCUCUGCUGCAGUGAAGCAUGGCAAAGCUGAAAGAGCAGAACAGAAGGAACAUUUUAUGUCCUCUUCUGAGAAUAAGCUUCCUACAUUACAGGGAGAAGAUCUUCAGCUAAAGGUUGAUUCUUCAACUCAAACAAAUUCUGAGCAGGACAAACAGCUCAAGGACCUGAAAGAACCUCUUAACAAGAAUGAAUAUUAUGCUGACUCAGGGAAGAAUGCCCAAAAGAAGAAGGUAAUAACAAUUUUGAGGAACAUGCAACGCAUCCUGGUUGAGUCUUCUGAUUCUUCAGCUGCAGCUAUCCCCCUGCUGGAAGAACGCAUUCAACGGCUCCAGAUACAAACGGCAAGGCUGGAAGCCACAAUCCAGCAACAAGCCAAGACUAUUGAAGUCCUUGAGACAAUCCAGCAAUCUCUUACCUCAGGCUCUUCUGUGGACCCCAGACUUUGGCACCAUGAUUUUCCACACGCUAUCAAAAACUGUUUUGGAGUGAAGUGUGCAAAGUGAGCCAGUCCCUGGGGCUGGGUCACCCUGCAGGUGUUUCCACCCUUUUGGGUGUCUCUUUGUUGCCAUGAGAUUUGUGAAAUUUAGCAAUUUUAUGUCUAGUGAUCACUAUCUAGUGAUUACUUACUGUUA